GCAGCCUCUGCUCUGCUCGCUCUCCUCCUCCUUCCUGGUUCUCUUUCGCCGGCGGGACAAGCGACCAUAUUGCGCGCGGCGCCCGCCACCGAUCCAGUCCAGCCCGGCCCGGCCGACCCUUCCGCCUCGCCGGAGAGGAGCGACCAGCGCCGCCGCCUCUUCGAGCAACCUCCGGAGCGCCCCGGGGCCGCGCCCAUGGAGAUCCCGCCGUCCCAUUACCCGGCCACCAGGGCGGCCGACGUGGUGGAGAACUACAUCAACUACCAGCACGGCAGCCCCAACAAGAUCUUCGCGGUGGGGGAGGUGCACCACGCCAGCCGAGAGGACAUUCCGGGCAUUGGACAUAAAUACCGCCUGAAGUUUGCAAUGGAAGAAACCCUGAAGAAAGAGCCUCCUGUGAACUGCACAGCUGAGAUUCUUUAUCAUCAUGGUGACCCACAUGUUGCUCCAGAAGUGCAUUAUACCGUGGAAGGGGAGUUUGGGACAAAUACAGAACAAGCAGAUAACAAAUUUUACAACAGAAUCAAGAACCUGCCAGAACCAUUAGAGGAACAAAAUAUCCCAGACAGCUAUGGAAAUAUGCCUGCAGAAAUGGAGCCUAUUAAGCAUUUAGCCUGGGUUGCCUGUGGCUACAUAAUAUGGCAAAAUUCAACUGAAGACACCUGGUACAAAAUGGUGAAAAUUCAAAGUGUCAAGCAAGUGAAAAGAAAUGAUGAUUACCUUGAAUUUUCCUAUGUGGUUUUAAUCCACAAUAUUGUCUCCCAGGAAAUUAUUCCUUGGCACAUGCAAGUUCUAUGGCAUCCACAACAUGGAGUGAAAGUAACGCGGAAUAGCCACCAGCCGAAACGUGCAGCACAUGAAUAGCAACAUGGCUUCACGUUACUCUUAGAGAUCAUUAAAAUAGUCCUUAAGGUAACUGUAUAGAACUAGAAGAACACCUGUGUAACAAACAAGCUGACUCAGGUCCAGAAACUUUGUCAAUUCCAUGUGUAUUGUAAGAACCAAAGCAAAUGGUUUGGUGGCUCUUGCAGGACUGAAUACUUACGGUACUGAUGCCAAAAUGCUCUCUCUAAAGGCCACUUUAGGUUUUCCAGUAACACAGGGGCAACCAUAUUCUCUUUCCAUUCGCUAGAUUAAAAAGCACAAAAAAUAUAAUGAUUAAACAUGCUAACAAACAUGUAUGUUCCUAGCUAAGGAACCCAAUGAAUUAAUCUUGUCACUUAGUAUUACAAGUAAAAAUACUAUUUUUUCAGUAGAAAAUGUUUCAAUUAAAAUUGAUUUUUGGUAGUUAACUAGAACUACUUAGAUAACCCUGUAGACACCUCUGCUUCAUAUACAGAUUUUUAAAAAAUAAUGCUUUAAUCUAGAAACGUAACUGCAAAAAAAAAAGAAUCCUCAAGAAAACUUUAUGAAUUAUUACUACAAGAAAUUGCUUGCAUUAAUCCCAUGGCAGGACUUGGACCAGCAUUAUGUGAUUUAUAUCAUACAUAUGACCAGAUACGCAACCAGCAAACAUAGCUGGGCAGUAACAUGCUGAACUAAAGAAAUGAUUUUUUCAAAUGAGACUCAACAUCACAGUGUACCAGUGUAGGUAUGACAAUCACCUGAGCAUAGAUUUCCAGAUGCAGUUCUCCCAUUCCUGAAACAACAGUCUCUUUACUCUCUGUGUCAAAAUAGAUUCGGAAGGUGGGAUCUUCCCUUGUGAAGCGGUUAAUUCCUUUCGAAAACUUAUCCAAAUCAUUCUAGAAGACAACAAAAUCUUGAGGGUAAAUCAGUGUUUUCUCAAUCAUUUAAUAAUCAAUAGUCAAAAUAGGUGAGUGUCCAGUGAAACCCAACAACAUGGAGUUGGCAGUUUCUGUAAAAUACAAGCUAUCCAUGUAUGGGCUUCAGAGCAUCACAAACAGAGAAUGUCUCACUCAGGGCUGUGUUAACUUUAGUAAAAACAUACCUGGAACUCACUUUCACACUUUCACUCACUCAUUCUCUCUCUGUCUCUUUCUUACUUACACACAAAAACUCACUCACUCUCUCUGUUGGCUAAGGCAACAAGCCUAUCAAAACUGUGUAGAUGGGAAGAUUUCAUACUAGAACAUGUGAUUUAGUUACUUCUUAACAGAAACAGAAAGUGCAAUAAAUAACUAAGUUCACAGCAUUUCUUCCACAAUGUAGAACUAUUUUUUUAUAUUGAUCUUUUCCUACUGGCAAACUCACACUCCUACCUUGUUGGCUGGCUUCAUUGCUACUGAAAUGACAGGAUCAGGGACAUGAAUAGAUUCCUAUAGAAUGUAAAAGAAAAUCACUACAAAGAACAUUGAUAAAACUGCUGAAGAUGAUCUUUGCAUAAUGCUUAUUUACACUCACCCCGAUGUAUAGUCAAAAACUUUACACAACUUUCAUUUAAAAGAUGUUUACUAGAUUGCCUUCAGAUUUCCUCUUUGCAAGAUGAACACACAUACUUCUGGGCAAAAUUUGGGCCAGGUUUAACUGUGACAGUAUCUGUCAAACCACAGCAUAUUAGAACAAAAAUGUUUCAAAGCUCUC